GGAGAUUGGCCGACUUCCUGUUAUGUAGAGGAACAUGCUUUAAGGUGUUAAAUGCAGGAAAACAAUGUAUAAUGUUGAUGAUCACAGUAAUCUGCAUGAAUAAACCCAGCUGCUUGGCUACAAUGAAGAUUGAAUUAUACAGCUAAAAAUUUGACUCCAAACAUUUUGGAUGCUUUUUCAGACAUGUUUUCUCUUAUUCCUCAUCCUACAACAAAAUGUCUUCGUCUGUGGACAUACACUACUUGCGCUCAUUUUAGAUAUUUACCUAAGAAGAACUAUUUUCGCAAAACAUGUGGGCAGCAAAACUUUAUGGAAACAGUCCAUGCUGUGAACAUCCUUCAGCAAAAGCAGUUUAGCACUCAAAAGGAAACCCUUGACAUGUGUGAAUAUGGUGUUGAAAAUAUUAGAAAUUUUAGUAUUAUAGCUCACGUGGACCAUGGUAAAAGUACUCUAGCUGACAGACUGCUUGAGAUUACAGGUCGAAUUCCAAAGGCUGAUUCAAAUAAACAAGUCUUGGAUAAACUACAAGUGGAGCGAGAAAGAGGAAUCACCGUAAAAGCACAAACUGCAUCACUUUUUUACACGUUUCAAGGAAAAAAGUAUCUUCUAAACUUAAUAGAUACCCCUGGUCAUGUAGACUUUAGCUAUGAAGUAUCUAGGUCCCUAUCGGCUUGUCAAGGUGUUUUGCUUGUUGUUGAUGCAAAUGAGGGUAUUCAAGCACAGACAGUGGCAAACUUCUUUCUAGCAUUUGAAGCACAGCUUACAAUUGUUCCUGUUAUAAAUAAGAUAGAUUUGAAAAAUGCAGACCCAGAAAGAGUAGAGAAGCAAAUAGAAAAAAUGUUUGACAUUCCAAGAAGUGACUGUAUCAGAAUCUCUGCUAAGUUAGGAACAAAUGUUGAAAGCGUUCUGCAUGAUGUUAUUACAAAAAUCCCACCACCUAAGUUGGAAAAUAACAGUCCCCUAAAAGCUCUUUUGUUUGACUCAACAUUUGAUCAUUACAGAGGAGUUGUAGCUAAUAUUGCCCUAUUUGGAGGGGAGGUUUGCAAAGGCGAUAGGAUUGUGUCUGCUCAUAAUGGGAAGGGCUAUGAUGUCAAUGAAGUUGGUAUAUUAACUCCAGAAGAGGUUCCAGUAAAAAAACUGUACGCUGGACAGGUGGGCUACGUCAUAGCAGGAAUGAAAGAUGUACAGGAAGCACAAAUAGGUGAUACACUCUAUUUACAAAAGCAGCCUGUGGAAUCUCUGCCAGGCUUCAAAUCUGCAAAGCCUAUGGUGUUUGCAGGCAUGUAUCCAGUUGAUCAAUCAGAAUAUAACAACUUGAAAAGUGCUUUAGAAAAACUUACCUUAAAUGACCCUAGUGUAACUGUUCAUCGGGACAGCAGUCCAGCACUAGGAGCUGGAUGGCGAUUGGGCUUUCUUGGGCUUUUACAUUUAGAGGUUUUUAACCAGCGCCUAGAGCAAGAAUACAAUGCAUCAGUAAUUAUGACUGCCCCUACAGUUCCGUACAGAGCUGUUCUGUCUUCUCAGAAAAUGAUAAAGGAAUAUGGAGAGGAAGUGAUUACUAUAGUAAACCCUGCAGAAUUUCCCGAUAAGUGUCACAUUUCAGAGUAUCUUGAGCCUAUGGUACAGGGUACCAUCAUUUCACCUGAUGAAUAUAUUGGAAAGAUAAUGGCUCUGUGCCUGUCCCGACGAGGAGUUCAAAAGAGCAUGGUGUACAUAGAUGAACAUAGAGUCAUGAUGAAAUACCUGUUGCCUUUAAAUGAAAUAGUGGUGGAUUUUUAUGAUGGCCUAAAAUCAUUAUCAUCUGGAUAUGCAAGUUUUGAUUAUGAAGAUGCAGGUUAUCAACCAGCUGACCUUGUGAAAAUGGAUAUUCUGUUAAAUGGACGUCCUGUGGAAGAACUGGUGACCAUUGCACACAAAGAAAAAGCUUAUCAAGUUGGUAAAACAAUUUGUGAAAGACUCAGUGAUUCAAUACCCAGACAACUUUUUGAAAUAGCCAUUCAGGCUUCCAUAGGCAGCAAGAUAAUUGCGAGAGAAACUGUGAAAGCCUACAGAAAAAAUGUCUUGGCAAAAUGUUAUGGAGGUGACAUUACAAGGAAAAUGAAGCUACUAAAAAGGCAAGCCGAAGGAAAGAAAAAAAUGAGAAAAAUUGGCAAUGUGGAAGUACCAAAGGACGCAUUCAUAAAUGUAUUAAAAAGACUGCCAGAUAAAUGAAAAAAAUUAACUACGCUCUGUUUUUUUUUUUAUUAUUUCAAUUUUCAGUCACAUCAGCUAGGAAAAAAAGAAAAAAACUGUUCUUUUUUUACUUAUGGCUUCAGUAUAAACCAUUGUGAAAAAUUUAAUAUUUAAAAUGCAUAGUUGUUUAACUAGACUGUUAUCAUUUUUUAAAAUUAUUAUUAUUUUAGAAAAAUAAUGUUACAUCAUAAACAACAGACUACUUGUAAGAAAUGAAAGUAAAAUGCAAAAUUUAACAGCCAACAAAUCCUAAUAAUAAUGUUAACAGAAAGAGGUGGAGGAAGAGGAACUCUAAUGUUAACCAUGUUCCAGUAUUCUUCAGUUUUUUAUUAUAACCUUCAUAAUACAGUAGAAGAUUGGGUGGAGAUAUGUAUUGAAAAUUGCAAAUAAAAGAGAAUGAUAAUAUAAAA